AUGGCGACGCGGCGUCUCCACUCGUCCUCCCUUCUCCUGCUGCUCCUUGCGGCCGGAACACUCGCGGUGGCAAGCGCGCUCGACAGCUUCCCUGAGACGCACCUGAUGCCCGAACCUAAGCUGCAGCCGGUCCCAGAUACACUGCCGCAGCUUCCGCACCGCGGCCGAAGCCUGCAGCAGCAACCAAACCCGCUGCCUCCACCGGACCCAAACCCGCAGCCGCAACCGGGGCUGAACCCACAGCCGCAGCCCGUGCCGCAACCAGACCCAAACCGGCCACCACAGCCAUUGCCCAUGCCGCAACCCGUGCCGCAACCAGACCCAAACCGGCCGCCGCAGCCAUUACCGCAACCAGACCCAAACCAGCCGCCACAGCCACUACCCGUGCCGCAACCAGACCCAAACCGGUCACCGCAGCCACUGCCAGUGCCACAACCAGACCCAAACGGGCCGCCACAGCCACUACCCGUGCCGCAACCAGACCCAAACCGGCCGCCGCAGCCACUGCCGCAACCCGACCCAAACCGGCCGCCGCAGCCACUGCCAGUGCCGCAACCAGACCCAAACGGGCCGCCGCAGCCACUACCCGUGCCGCAACCAGACCCAAACGGACCGCCGCAGCCACUGCCCGUACCGCAACCAGACCCAAACCAGCCGCCACAACCACUACCCGUUCCGCAACCAAACCCAAACCCAAGCCUGCAGCCGCAGCCGCAGCCGGGCCAACAGCCAGGGACACAACCUGAUCCAAACCAAAAUCCGCAACCGCAACCUGACCAGCUAUCUGGGCCACAGCCAGUUCCCAGCGACGGAUCUAGGAUCUUGAACCUGCAAGAUUUGAUGUGCAUAUUUGUGAGUCUUGUGAGUCCUAUGCUUGUAACUAUGUAG